UGAGUGUUAAUCAAUCCGGGUUCAGUAUUGUGAUACCCGAACGAAGAGCAAAAUCUAUGUUAAAUAUAUUAUAUUUUUGGAGGAUAAACAUUUUAUUUCUUCCACAAAAGGAUUAAAAUAGACAAAGACAAUUUCAACAAAGUAUUCAUUGGGUCUGUAAAGGCAACUGGACUGAUACAAUCUAGUUUUGUAGAGAUGGUCCCAUCACGGAGAAAAGAAGAAGGAGAAAAACAGCAUCAACAACGACGACGACGACAGCAACAAAAAGAAGAAGGAGAAGACCACCGACGACGGCGACAACAACAGCAACAACAGGAAGUUGAAAAUCGACGACGACAAGAACGACAAUCUCGUCGACAUCAACAACGUGAAGCUGAAGAAGAAAGACGACGACGACACGUAGAAGAUGAUGAAGAAAUAGUUGAAGGAGAUGAAGAACAAUAAAAACGAAUACCAAGGCGAAGACAAGAUGAAGGAGAAGAAGAGGAAGGAGACGGGGACGAAUAACAAUAAAAACGACAAGGACAACAAUAACAACAAAAAAGUAAACAAUGACAACAUGAAGAAACAGGAGAAGAAUAUUAAAAAAAAAUAAGUUGGUUGUAUUAUUCAGGAGGACAAAUAGGAUGUACACCUUAUACUAAUGAUAUUACGUGCAAAACAUAUGCUAAUAUGCUAAUCAUUGCUCAAGAUCACACGAAACAUUUAGAAGUUUACGUUUAAGGGGAACAUCAAUCAACGAGCGAAAGAACGAAAGUUUGUCAUUCUCAGUUUAAUAAUGGAAAUAUCACAAUUACAAGAACCUGUUUGGCCAGUUCGCUAUUUUUAUACGAGAGUUUUGUCAACGAGACAAAAGGAAAUGUGUUAUAUUCAUUUUAUUCAUGUGCCUUUCACGACUCCUGUUUUGUACAAAUGACAUGAUUUCAACUGUUCAUUCCUUUUGAAUAGCUUGUCCAGGAUGAUAACUAUCGUUCUGUCAACAUCUUGCCGACUAAUGCAUAUGGUAACGUACUCAAAAUAAAUAUCAUCAUCAUCAUCAUCAUCAUCAUCAUCAUCAUCAUCAUCAUCAUCAUCAUCAUCAUCAUCAUCAUCAUCAGUAUCUAUGUAUUCUUUACUAGUUUGCAGAAAUAGCAACAAAAAUGUAAAUGUUCGCAUUCCAAAGUUGUGGAUUGUUUUGCUCUGAUGUUAUUGUAAUGUUAAUAAUAAUUUAUAACGACCAUAAA